UAGCAGCUGGCACAUUUUGUGGUCGUUGCUAUUUCACUGUAAUUUAUCUCCCUUUUCUUAAAUGAAAUAACUUUUGAUCCAAUAAACAUAAUAAAGAGGGUAAUAUAUCUCAGAUAAUAUACAUAGCAAAAUGAGCGCGUGUACCGUGGAAGUCGUGAAAAUACUAGGAAAAUAUCUCAACGUACCGGUUGGGACUGCUUGUUACAGUACGGAAAAGGUAUUGACUGCGGUAAUUAACAAGCAAAGUGUAGAAGGCUUUGCUACGAUAAUUAUGCGUUUAGCGUCACAAAGCGGUGUACAAAUGACGCAAGAACAAACCUUGCUUUGCUACCAGUGGCUAGAACACAUCUCUAUGUACGCCAACCAGGCGGCAGCUAACCCGGCAUUUGCUAAGAGUUUCCUACAAGAUAUUAAUAAAGCUUUGCAGAGAAACACAUACCUAACAGGACAAUCAUUGACUAUAGCAGAUGUGGCUGCCUACCAUGUUUUAUAUCCUUUACUGGAACGCCUAUCCAUCUCUGAAAGAGAGUCAUUGCUGCAUCUCUGCAGAUGGUCAAAACACAUCCAGGCCCAACCAAAAGUGUGUGUCAACAGACCGCCUCUACCAAUGAACACCCUAACCCUCACUACAUUAGCUCCAGCCGUGCAUUAAAGGGUUGUAAGUGUGAUGUAAAGUUAUUAAUAGUAAAAGAGGUAUGAAGACAGAAAUUUGUGCCUAAAAUUUCACAGCCAAAGUAGUGUCGCUCUACAGCCAAAAUGCCUAGACUGGCCUUACGGGUACUAAGAAUGGGGCAUGAGUGGGGCCAGUACAGCGGUGUGAUACCGCUACAACGCGAUUGGUUGAUAAGUUCGCAUCACGGGCGCGAUUGGUCGCAACUAGUUGCGUUAGACUGCACGAUUGGUUCGAAUUCGUGAGUGACACCGCUGAUCUAGUACCAUUUUUAGUGCCCGUAAAGCCCGUCCUUAGAUAUUACACGUCAAUGCAAAAUGCAUUAUUUGGUAAAUUUGGUUGUCAAAAAAAUGUGGUGUUUUUUUUCCUGAUAGGUAUUACAACUCUUUUACAAUCAAUAACUGAAGUAAAUUAUUUGAUACCUAGUGAAAGGAUCUCUUGAGGAAUAAAAGUAUUUUAAUAGUUGAUUGACCUUGCAUGUAAGUAAUAAUAAUAAAAUGUAAGUUUCAAUUUAAAAUAAAUUAUUUCUUAGAUGAGGUUUGUUAUGUAAGUAUUCAA